AGAGAGCGAGAGAGUGAGCGGAGCCCGAGCGCUGCAGGCUCACAAAGCGGCCGGACGCGACGCGACACACGACACGACGCGCGGCGGCGGCGGCUGGUGGCAGGAGCGCGGCUGAGCUCGUUUGGGCGAGCAACCCCAGGGAGCUCGGGCAAGUCGGGAUCGGGGACCCUCGCCGGCCCCCAAGAUGCCCGCGAUCGCGAUGCUGGCGGCGGCGGCGGUGGCGGCGGCUUGCUGCUUCCAGCAGGUGCAGAGCCGCCACCUGGACGCGCCGGUCGCCCGCCCGGACCGCGGCCACCUCCUGGACAACGACCAGUGGCUCAGCACCGUCUCGCAGUACGACCGCGACAAGUACUGGAACCGCUUUCGAGACGAUGAUUAUUUCAGAAACUGGAAUCCCAACAAGCCAUUCGACCAAGCCCUGGAUCCUUCCAAAGACCCCUGCCUGAAGGUGAAGUGCAGCCCCCACAAAGUGUGUGUGACUCAGGACUACCAGACGGCACUUUGCGUCAGCCGCAAGCACCUACUGCCCAGGCAAAAGAAGGCGAAUGUGGCCCACAAACACUGGGUAGCACCUGCCAGUCUGGUCAAGUGCAAGCCCUGUCCCGUGGCACUGGCACCCAUGGUCUGUGGCUCCGAUGGCCACACCUACAUUUCCAAGUGCAAAUUGGAGUUCCAUGCUUGUUCGAUGGGGAAAAGCCUCACCACCCUCUGUGAUGGGCCCUGUCCAUGUCUCCCAGAACCUGAGCCACCAAAACCCAUGGCAGAAAAGAACGCCUGCACAGACAAGGAGCUGCGGAGCCUGGCAUCCCGGCUGAAAGACUGGUUCGGAGCCCUGCAUGAGGAUGCCAACAGGGUCAUCAAGCCCACCAGCCCUGAUGUGGCCCAAGGCAGAUUCGACACCAGCAUCUUGCCCAUCUGCAAGGAUUCCCUGGGCUGGAUGUUCAACAAGUUGGACAUGAAUUAUGACCUCUUGCUUGACCACUCUGAAAUCAAUGCCAUCUAUUUGGACAAGUAUGAACCCUGUAUCAAGCCCUUGUUCAACUCCUGCGACUCCUUCAAGGAUGGCAAGCUCUCUAACAACGAGUGGUGCUACUGCUUCCAGAAGCCUGGAGGUCUCCCUUGCCAGAAUGAAAUGAACAGGAUUCAGAAGCUCAGCAAGGGGAAGAGUCUGUUGGGAGCAUUCAUACCUCGGUGUAAUGAGGAAGGAUACUAUAAAGCAACACAGUGCCAUGGCAGCACAGGACAAUGCUGGUGUGUGGACAAAUACGGCAACGAGCUGGCUGGCUCCAGGAAACAGGGCACCGUGAGUUGUGAAGAGGAACAGGAAACCUCGGGGGACUUUGGCAGUGGCGGCUCCGUGGUCCUGCUGGAUGACCUCGAGGAGGAGCAGGAGCUGGGGCGAAAGGACAGACCCGGAAAGCUGAGAGUGCACACCCGGGCAGUGACGGAGGAUGACGAGGAUGAGGACGAUGACAAAGAGGAUGAGGUCGGGUACAUAUGGUAGUGCCGCAGGGAGGAGGACACGGAUGGGCACCGACUGCAAGUCACAGCUACCUACUCCCGCAUCCUUUUCUAGGAACUCUGUGAUGUCCUGGCCUCGCCUCCCUCCCUGGGCGAUGCCUCCGCUGUGUGCAAGGCCUGGCAGGCGCUCCUGUAUUCCCUGCCUUCUUGUUCUGCAUGGCAGGGGUGCGGGAAGAAGGGGGUUGCGCUUUGCUUUUAGACAGGGGAAUGGCUGGCCCCCUUCAAGCCGCCUUCCUGCCCAUGAGGUUUUUUUGCACCGAGCAUGUGAUUUUCUGUGGGAUUCUGACAAUGCAGGGAGCCCCUCCCUCUAAACGUCUUGACGCACCACCCCUUGCUGCCCCCUCGCCCCGUGCCCCCACACACCGGUGGUUAUUACAGCAUGGUUCCCGGCGUUACAGUGUCUAAGUGCUUCUCUUGUGUCCUGUAGAUGUCGUGGAAAACACACCACAUUGUUCCUUUCUCCUGCCACCUCUUGGCAUUUUAGUCUUUCAAAUUCGUUUUUUACAUCACUCUGACUUCCCACAAACAACAGCCUUAAUUCAAUCCAGAGCUCCUGGAAGUGACGCUCAAAAGCUGUGUCUGGUCAUUUCUGUGUGCUUACAGACACAGAUGUCCAGAGGAGCCCAGCCCUG